ACUGUACUAUGUGGGUAUAUGAUUGGUCUCCACUUUGGUCAUAUGAUUAACAAACAGUGGAGGUGUGUCUUUGUAAGCUAUAAGCAUAAGGAACUGAAAAGCAGUCCGUUUCAGUCAGAACUCAGACUUACUAAAAACAGAGACAAAGAUGAUCAACUCCUCUCUCUAUAGUGACAAUGAUUUGUUACAGGACAGCUGGUCAUCUGGAGGGAACAUUGCAGCCUGUGUGAUCCUAGGGGUGUGUUUCCUGGUGGGCACACCUGGGAACCUGCUGGUGGUGUGGACCAUCGUGAAGCACGUGAAGCAGCGUUCACAUACAGUGCUUCUCAUCCUCCACCUGGCAGUCGCAGAUCUUCUGGUGCUGGUCACUCUGCCGCUGUGGAUCUACUCGCUGGCCCACUCCUGGGUGUUUGGAGAGGCUGCCUGCAAAGCCAUGGUGUACAUCAUCUAUGCCUGUAUGUACACCAGCGUCUUCAUCAUCACCCUCAUGAGUGUGGAGCGCUUCAUGGCUGUCAGAUACCCCUUAAAGAUGUUGUAUUGGCAAAAUAGGAUGUCCUUGGCCAGAAUACUGCCAGUGAUCUGGAUCCUGUCAUUCCUUUUGGGGAUUCCUGUCAUCAUAUCCCAGUAUAUCGAUGAAGAAGAGGAUGGAGUGAAACAUUGCUUCUCCCGGACGUACAGCUCUUUGUUCUCUGAAGUCUUUUGUAUGUGUUUGGAGACUCUGCUUGGCUUCGUUAUUCCAUUUCUCACUCUUGCGAUCUGCUACUGUCAGGUUGCCGUACAACUCCGAAAGGUGCGCUUUAAGACCAAGAAAACGGGCUUUCUCAUUUGUGGCGUGGUCGUGGCCUUCAUUGUGUGUUGGUUGCCUCACCACAUCCUCAAUGUCGUAGGGAUGGUGGUUCUUCUAGUAGGACAAUCAGAUGAAGAGUCUCAUAUUCCAAAUAGUGUUGUCUUCAUUUCUGGAGCGCUGGCAUUUAUCAGUAACUCAGUAAACCCUGUGCUGUAUGCGUUUGCGUCUAAAAACUUACAUGGAAGUCUGAAGAAGUCUGGGAUAGUGAAGCUGUUUCAGGACAUAACAACGCAAACACAGCAAGGCUCCUUACAGGAUUCUGGACAGCAGGAUGGAAAGAUCCUUGAAGACCUCAAUGGUCGUGAACAAGAGGGAUCUCACAGAUCUCUGAGUAACUGUUAGACUUAUUAGAAAUUUUUAUAUUUUCUUAGCUGUCAACUUUAUUUAAAUGGCAUAAUAUUUCUUCUUCUACUUGUUUUUAACUUGUUUAAAUGCCAUAAUAUUUCUGUUUGUUACUAGUCAAAAUUGUUUA